AAUGUUGUUACUGAAUUAAUCUUUGCACUAAUAACUAUGUGGUGUGGUGAUGUAUAUAUGAAUGACAGACAUGAAGUAGCCUCCAGCCGAUGUCAGUAUUUAGAAAAACAAAAAGCACGUGUAUUGCAGAAUGAUCAGCUGUCAAUCACACGGAUCCGGACAGAUCACUUCUUCAUCUUUAUCAGGAACUUUUGACAAAAGAUCGCGUCAGUUUAGUUCAGUCAACCAUCAGAUCCGCCCAAUGACGAUUUUCAAAAUUAUCGUUAAAGGUCCGAGCUGGUUAAGUGGGUUGUCAAAUAAGGUAAAGUCCACAGCCCGAAGCUAAAAUUAACCCACGGACGGACAGCUGAGCGCUCGUGCCAGUGUUCACUGAGUGUCUUUGUCUCUGCACGCGCUGGGUGACAAUAACACAAUGACGCGAUUCAGUUAUGCGCAAUAUUUCUCUUUAUUUCGAUCAAGGGACAGCGAACGAAACGCAUCGCUGUCGAAAACAUCAACAACUGAAGAAUCAAACCGCGACGACGAAAUAAAAGUGAUUUGUGCAGACAGAAGGGUUGAUGUGAAUGAAUAUGAAUCAGAGGACUGGACAGAUUUGCAUGAAGCGGCUCACCGAGGAAAGACGGACUGUGUGCAGACUCUGCUGAAGGCCCGACGCACGUGUGUAGAUAAGCGCACACUACACGAACAGACGGCUCUCCUGCUGGCCGUUCAUGGUGGACACCUGGACUGUGUGAGGUCUCUUCUAGAAGCAGGGGCAGAUCCUGAUAUCUGCAAUAAAUACAAAGAGACACCUCUUUAUAAAGCUUGUGAAAAGGAGCGUGUCAGCGCUGUAAAGAUCCUCCUGGAGUUUGGAGCGGCUGUAAACCAGCGUUGUCAUCGAGGCUGGACCGCCCUUCAUGAGGCAGCGAGACGAGACAACACCCAACUCUGUGAGACUCUCCUGAAGGCUGGAGCUUCUGUAGAUGCCCGAAACGCUGAUGACAUCACACCCUUAAUAGAGGCGGCCCGACACGGACGGACAGAAACUCUCACCUGUCUGAUCAGAAAUGGGGCUCGUGUGAACCUUCAGUCGUGUGAUGGACACACAGCUUUAAGUGAAGCCUGCAGAAACGCCCACAGAGAUAUUGUGAAGGUUUUACUCAAACAUCAUGCAGAUGCCAACACGACAUCUAAUGAUGGACUUCUGCCUCUGCACGUGGCCGCCCAGCAUGGACACAGCGAAAUUGUGUCCUUAUUGCUGCCUAUCACCAGUCGGGCAAAGAUACGACAAAGUGGCAUUUCACCCCUCCAUCUGGCAGCGGAGCACGACCGACAGAACAUCAUGAGCUUGCUGAUCGAGUCCGGCUGCGACGUCAAUGCCAAACUCUCAGAUGAGCGCUCGGCCACGUUUCCCGAUCGACGAGUCACCGCUCUUUACUUCGCCAUCGCUGCCAGAAACACGCAGGCCGGUGCCACGCUACUGAAUGCCGGAGCUGAUCCUGACACGGACCCUCUCAGGCCGCUGCUGUUGGCUGUACGUCAGGGCUGUUUGAGGAGCAUCGCUUCGCUAGUAGAACACGGAGCCGACGUUAACGCUCGGCCUCCAGACGUGCACGCUGAUUUUCCAGGAGUGCUGCUUUAUACUCAUAACCUGAAUGUUCUGCACUAUCUGUUGGACAAUGGCUGUGAUGCUCAGGCCUGUUUUAAAUGUGACAAACAUCACUUAGAGGAAGCACACACAUCACUGAACGCAAACCAAAGAAUUGUGAUCUCUGCAAAACCAACUCUAAAGUUUUGCGAAUGGAUCUCUUCCUCAUCUUGGAGUCAGGCAGUCAGUCCUGUCAUUCAUUUACUCUUGGACUAUGUAGGAAAUGUUCAGAUCUGUAGCAGAAUCACGGAGCAUCUGCAGAGGAAUCCGGUGGAGUGGAUGGCCAUUAAAGAGAAAACACUGUCUCCUCGACCGCUGACGCACCUUUGUCGGCUAAAGAUCCGAGAGCAGAUGGGUAUUCAAAGGCUGUCGUCUGUAAACACACUGCCACUUCCCAACAAAAUGCAACGAUAUCUGUGCUCCCGGACCAUCGGCAGAACCCAACAGAGAGGCUCGAAUCUCACACUGUGACCAGCGUUAUGUUUUUAUGGACACGUACAAUAUUCUGCAUUAGACCGAAAGAAAAUAACACUCGAAGAACAAAAUUAUACUGUAACAGUAAAACAACAUUUCAGUGCUGGAUGUUGACAGACUGGUGAAAUGUUUUGCCUAUUGUGUAUCAUUUGUACGACUGCUGUGUCUUUUGUUUUGUUGCUUAUUUAUUGUGUAACUUUUUUAUAAAUUAUUAAACCAUUUUACGCUAAUGUGACUUUUGAUUCUCUACAUUAGAGAUGUGGACACACAUGUGCUGCAGUUUUCAUUGGCUGUUUGAGUGUUGUCAUGCAUAAAGAUGCUUUUAUGAGCAGACAUUCAUUUCAAUUUAAUGAGCUAACCUUCGCACACCUGGGUUUAUGAUCAGGCUAAUAAGUUUAAUAGAAAAAGGUCUAUAGAAGUAAUAAAUAAAUCUCUACAUAACAAUUCCUCAACAAAGUACAUUCACUUCCGACAUGUUUACAAUUAAUACAUUAUCCCCCAGUUUCACAGACAAGACUAAAGGCUAGUCCUAGACUAAAACACACAUUUGAGCUGUCUCAACUGAAAAUAACUUGCACGUACAGAUCUUUAAAUAUACAAAUACACACCAGUAACGUCGCACCAGUUAAGAUACACACCAGUAACGUCUUUUUCUAAGGCGUGGUUAUAAAAGAUACUUAAACAUCUUAAUUUAACUGAGGUCUAGUCCUGGCUUUAGCUAAGACUUAUCUGUGAAACCAGGCUUAUAUGUAUUUAAAUGCAGCACACUUUGAUACUAUACAGCAGUUUGACAGCAAUCAGAAAGCGAGUUUUGUGUUCAAAGUAGCCAAUGUGUACUAACCCUAACUUAUUUAGUGUAACUUGAAUCCUUACAAAACUGCAAACAAUCAUACAAACUAAAGCCAUACAAAAUCAUAGCAUACAAACACUCGCUUAUUCUUGCUACUUUUGAAUCUUAAGUGCUUUAAGAGGAAAUUUUAAACACUGCCCCUCGUGUGUAAAAUGUGAUAACCUAGCCUAGCAUGUGACAGCAGUGCAUUAAUGCGAAUAAAUGAUAGUAAGUUAGUGGUCUCUUAUCUUACAGGAAGCUAAAUAAAGCCAAACACACUGAAAAUGGAAGAGGAAACCGCUGGCUUAGUGGGAAUCGGCUUGACAACCACAUGUGUGGUGUUGCUGUGAAGUCCAUCGAGAAAGUUGUGCGAUAUUUCGAUAUUUGUCUCUGAAGUUUUGUUCCUGAUGAACGCCGCGUCAGCAUGAGGUGCGAGAAAGCGUGCGUGAUGCCCGCGGUACUCAAUCGCACAGCAAGCGCACACCACACUCCUCAGCGGCUCCACAUCACUGGACAAUAACAGGUCUGGUUUUAAGUCGUGAUAAAUCAUUUUUCUUCUCUCGCCGUUCUGUAGCAGAGGUCUGCCGUGUACGGUCCCGUUCGUAUUAUUUUUAAGGAAAUGCUCCCAUUGUUCUCGGCUGCCCGAGGAGCAAUGCGGUUCCUUCCAGAAAGACGCCGGCAGCUGCCUGUUGCGCAUGGGCACGUGACCCGAUCGCGGUUCAUCCUCAGAGGUCGUAUUCAAAUCCAGGUUCAGAUGUUUUUCCUCAAAACUCGAAUCUCUUCUGUCAGUGAAGCUACGCACAUCCCUGGAUCGAGUGUCCUCGUGUCCACACGUAGCAGUUUUCUCCUGGGAUAUUUUUGACGGCUCACUCGAUCUGUGUGAAUGACAGCGCGGUAUUUUGGCGUAUUUCUGUGAAAAUCGCUUAAGUUGUUUCUGUAGGUAUUUCCGGUGAUCCACGGAGCGUCUGCAGGGUGCCGAUCUGUCAAGCGCUGCCUUGAUGUCGCUUGAUGCCAAAUUGACAAAGUUCAGAAGCGUUUUUACCUCGCUGUCAGAGUUUGCCAUCUCAUCCAUUCAAAUGACACAAAUCUAGCUUCUGUGUUAAAAGCACGUUGCGUUGUUAUCGACACUCCUGUAAGGGACUUCCAGCCAUAUUUACCAUAAUAUCCACAAAUGGCGCAUAAUCAUUGUUUUGCAUCUCGUAAAGCACUCUGUCUAAAUUUUCAAAAAUGAUGUUCAGCUCAUGUGGCUCCUACAGCAGCUGAAGCUGAAUGAAUUCAGACUCGCUGUAGACAGUUAUGGUGCUCUCCUUGAACCAAUCAGCGACCUUAUUUUGCUCACAAUGCACCCCAGUGAGCCGCCGAGAUCCCCGGUGUUGCAUUCUUUGCCAUCCCAAAUUGUUGUCAUGGAAAUUCUCUAGGGAAAAUCGCAAACAGAUGCAAUAUUUCUUCGUCUCACACCCCCACGCUCCCAGAAUUCUAUUUAGGCAAAAUGUUUAGGCAAAUAUGGUUUAGAAACCAGGGUUCUGCCAUGCCGGUGCAGGAAGACAUGCGGCUUAAAUAAAGAGUCGCUUUGGGUCACUUUUGAAUUCUGAUCUU